AUGCCUGCCGCUACUCCCUCCGCCCUUCCCUUCACGCCGCUUGUGGACGACUUCCAGAAGAUCGCCAUGGCUGACUCGAACGUUGCGGCCAAGGCGGCCGCCGACACCCUUGCUCUCCAGCUCAAGAAGGCACCCCGCUCCCUCGACAUGCUGGAGGCAUCCAAGCUGCCGGAGGUCGUCAAGAUCUGGGCCGAGUCCAAGUCGGGCUACGAGCGCGAGAGCGCUGGUGUCCUUGUCGAGCGCGUCAUUAAGGCGCUCGGGUCGGGCUCCGAGGGCGCGUUCCUCCCCCUCAUCCCGACCUUGCUCAACCUCGCGAUGGACAAGGGCGCCCCCGUGCGCUCUGGCGUCAACUCGGCCAUCAAGGCCAUGGUCAAGGCUGCGCCCGCUGAGGCGACGCGGCCGGUCAUGCAGGCUCUCGCCCGUGGCCUCGAGGAGACCAAGGGUUGGCGCUCCAAGGUUGCGGCGUGCAAGGCCAUCGAGGAGAUGGUCAAGCCUGGCGCCGAGGAGCACGUGGGCGAGAUGCUCGGCGAGGUGAUUCCCGUCAUCGAGAAGUCGAUGCACGACACCAAGGCUGAGGUGUCUGCUGCCGCGACCAAGGCCGCGACCACCCUCUGCAGUACCCUCCCCAACGCCGACGUCCUCAAGCACGUCAACGCUCUUGUCGCCGCCAUGGCGUCGCCCUCGAACGUCCCCAAGACGAUCAAGGCCAUGUCGUCAACCACCUUCGUCGCCGAGGUCACCGGCCCCACCCUCGCGGUCAUGGUUCCCCUCCUCACCCGUGCUCUCAAGGAGCGCUCGACCGACACGCAGCGCAUGACCUGCAUCGUCAUUGGCAACCUUGUCAAGCUCGUCCGUGACCCGAAGAUCGCCGCCAUCUACCUCGGCUCGCUCGUCACUGGUGUCGAGCUGAUCGCCAAGGGUGCGGCGUUCCCCGAGAUCCGCGCCUUCGCGCAGACCGCACUCGACAUUCUCCACGACGCAGGCGCCAGCGCAACCGCCACCCCGCUUCCCCCGCGCGACGUUAUCCAGAGCGUCAACGAGGUGCUCGCCGUCAUGGUGCCCCACCUCGACCUCGGCGUUGAGGGUGCCAAGGUCCCCCUCUCGGUUGCGAUGCCGGGGCGGCCCGUCAUCGCGUCUGCGCUCGAGUACACUGCCAACGUCGUUGCCGACAUGGUCGACGAGCGCAACUUUGACGACGAUGUGUGGGACGGCAAGGCGCUCGGCGGCUUCUGCAAGCUGCUCCUUGGCGCCGAGGCCGGUGUGGCGGCUGCCACGGCCAUCCGUGAGGCAUUUGUUGCUGCCGACAAGGCCAAGUUCGGCGGCGAGGAGGAGAUCGACGACGGUGCCGAGAUCCUCUGUGACAUCAAGUUCUCGCUCGCCUACGGUGGUCUUCUUCUGCUCAACCACACCAACCUCAAGCUCCGCCGUGGCCGCCGCUACGGUAUCUGCGCCGCAAACGGCGCGGGCAAGUCGACUCUCAUGAAGGCCAUCCGCGACGGCAAGGUCGAGGGUUUCCCGACCCAGGAGGAACUCCGCUGCAUCAUGGUCGAGCACGCUCUCCAGGGUGAGGACACUGCGGUCUCGAUCAUCGACUUUAUUGCGUCCGACCCCCAGCUCGCUGCCCGCAAGCGCAAGGAGAUUGCCGACAUGCUCCUCACCGUCGGCUUUACGGACGAGAAGCAGAACGACCCCGUUGCGUCGCUCUCUGGUGGCUGGAAGAUGAAGCUCGAGCUUGCCAGAGCCAUGCUCAUCGGCGCGGACAUCCUCCUGCUCGAUGAGCCGACUAACCACCUCGACGUCCAGACCGUAGCGUGGCUCGAGGAGUACCUUACAAGCCUCAAGGACGUCACCUGUAUGAUCGUCUCGCACGACUCUGGCUUCCUCGACAACGUGUGCACGGACAUUAUGCACUACGAGAAGAAGAAGAUUGUCUACUACCCCGGCAACCUGUCCAAGUUUGUCGAGAAGGUCCCUGCCGCCAAAUCGUACUACACUCUCGACUCGUCGUCUAUCAAGUUCUCGUUCCCUCCUCCCGGCUCGCUCAUGGGUGUCCGCUCGAACACGCGUACGAUCCUCAAGCUCGCAAAUGGCACCUUCACCUACCCUGGUGCGGCCAGGCCGUCGCUCACCAACGCGUCGUGCGCGCUCUCGCUCUCGUCGCGUGUCGGUGUCAUCGGCCCCAACGGUGCGGGCAAGUCGACGCUCAUCAAGCUCCUCACCGGCGAGACUGUUCCCAACGAGGGCAGCGUACACAAGCACCCGGCCCUGCGUGUCGGCUACGUCGCGCAGCACGCAUUCCACCACAUCAACGAGCAUCUCGAGAAGACUGCCGUGCAGUACAUCCAGUGGCGUUACCAGGAUGGCUUUGACCGUGAGAUCCUCGAGAAGUCGACCCGCGUCGUUACCAAGGAGGAGCAGGAGAUGAUGGAGAAGCCGAUCGCUGGCCGCAACGGCGAGAUGCGCAAGAUCGAGUCCAUCCUUGGUCGCCAGAAGCUCAAGAAGGGCUUCCAGUACGAGAUCAAGUUCAAGGGCUUUGCCCACAAGUUCAACGUCUGGAUGCCCCGCGACAAGCUCAUUGAGCUCGGCUUCGGGAAGCUCGUCAACCAGUUUGACGACAUUGAUAGCGCCCGUGAGGGUGCUGGUAUGCGCGACACCUCGGCGGCUGCCGUUCGCGAGAUCCUCGAGGCCGUCGGUCUCGACGGCGAUAUUGCGCAGUACAACGAGAUGUCGGGUCUGUCAGGUGGUCAGAAGGUCAAGGUCGUCAUCGCGGCGUCGAUGAUCAACCGUCCCCAGAUCCUCUUCCUCGACGAGCCCACCAACUUCUUGGACCGCGAGGCGCUCGGCGGCCUGGCCGGUGCGAUUAAGGAGUGGGCCGGUGCCGUGGUCAUCAUCUCGCACUCGCGCGAGUUUGUCCACGCCCUCUGCCCCGAGCUCUGGCACGUCGACAAGGGCAUUCUCACCAUCGAGGGCAAGGCCCCUCCCCCCAUGCUCGACGACGACCACCCGUCCAGAGUCCCGUCGCAGGCGGGCACACCGCGUGGUGCGGCCACCCCUGCGGGAGUCAGCACGCCUGGCUCUGCCACGCCCGUGACCUCGGCCGCGCCGUCUGCCUACAACUCGGCUGACGAGGCUGCCGACAUUGAGAAGCUCAAGAAGCUCGCGCUCAAGCCCAAGAAGAAGAAGAAGCCCACUCGUAACGAGCUCAAGGCGCAGGAGGAGCGCAGGCGACUCCGCAAGGUCAACUGGCUGGCGUAUGGUGGCGAGCGUGAGCCGGACACGGAAGACGAGUAA